AUCAGCUGAUUGUCUUAGAGAGGUUAGCAGAGGUUAGGUCUAGAAGUGUGGAAUCAUUGAUCAGUCGUUUCGCUAGAGCUCGAAUAUUGUGCAAGAUAUAACAUAUAAUAAUUAUUUAUUAGGCAUUUUGCGAUCUAAAUAUAUGUGCUUUAAAGAAGUUUAUUAAGUGGAAACAUAAGGAACCCUUAGAGAAGAAUGUAAAGAAAACAUUAAUUAAAGAUUUUAAAACUAUUUUAAAAGCUCUCAGAUACUUAUUUUGUGCGACAAAAACUGUGAGUUUAACGGAAAAUAUCAACAAUGGGGAAAACUUCAAAAGACAAGCGCGAUAUAUAUUAUAGAAAGGCGAAGGAAGAAGGAUGGCGAGCCCGGAGUGCCUUCAAGCUGCUCCAAAUUGAUUCGGAGUGUCAAAUUUUUGAUGGAGUAUCCAAAGCGGUGGACCUGUGCGCUGCGCCUGGAAGCUGGAGCCAGGUCUUGGCUCGCAAGCUAAACGAAAACUACCAGGAGGCUUUAAAAGAAGGUCCUGCGUCUCCGCCAAAAAUCGUGGCGGUUGAUUUGCAAGCAAUGGCGCCUUUGGAAGGAGUUAUCCAGCUGCAAGGUGACAUUACUAACACCAGCACAGCGGAGCAGAUAAUUGCGCACUUUGAUAACACCCGAGCGGACUUGGUGGUAUGCGAUGGGGCACCUGAUGUGACCGGUCUACACGACAUGGAUAUAUUCAUCCAAUCGCAGCUGCUACUGGCUGCUUUGAACAUAGCUACGCACAUCCUGAGACCCGGCGGGACAUUCGUCGCAAAGAUCUUCCGCGCUAAGGACGUGUCGCUUUUGUACGCUCAACUGAGAAUAUUUUUCCCUUAUGUCUACUGCACGAAACCUAGCAGUUCCCGCAACUCGAGCAUCGAGGCGUUUGUGGUCUGUAAAGACUACAGCCCGCCGGAAGGCUACGAGCCAAACAUGCUGAAUCCUUGGUUGACGGAGGAGCCGUGCGACUUUGAGAAAUUGACAGGAGUUAAUAGAGUCGUCGUUCCGUUCGUCGUGUGCGGAGACCUCAGUCAGCCCGAUUCUGAUAUGUGUUAUCCACUAAACUACGAAGGUAAGGAGUACAAGUACCACGAACCGGUGCAAACCCCCAUAGCACCGCCUUACGAGGAAGCAUUGUUAAUAAGUAGGAGAAGAGCUGAGAAAAACGUUUCCACUUUCGAUGAUAGCACCGAUUUCAGCGAAAUCGACGUCGAAGCAGCGAUUGAACACGAAAAUAAAUCGUCAAUAUCCGGAAUUAAAUGGGCGUUGAAUUCUGCGAGUAAUAACUCCGACAAUCAGCCAAGUACAUCCGCGAAAACCGUGCAGGAUGAAGAUAGCGGAGAAGCCAUCGAUGGGUUACAAAACUUAUAUCAACUUGAUAUAUCCGUUUCCGAUUGCAGCACCGAGAACGAAUACAAAGAUGAGUCAUUGGCGAAUGAUAUGAAACGAGUAUUGAUCGUUUCUGCGAAUAAUGACUUUGAUAAUGAAUCGAAUACAGUGGCGAAAACUGCGAACGAUGCGUUAUGAAAUUAAAACCAAUUUGCAUCCAAGGAAAAAGAAAAUACAGAUGAUAACUAAAUACACUGCGAAACCAUUUAUUUAUUUAUUUAUUUUUACGCUAAUUGUUAAAUAAAUUUUUAUAUCUUAAAAAUGAA